AUGUUUCUCGCGCGUUCUUCUCUCGAUCGACUCGAAAAGAAAAGUUGAAACCAGAUAACAGUUUUAUUGACUCUAAUAAGAUAACUGAAUAUAUAUAAAAUAUAUGAUAAAAUCGACCAUGAUAUCAUCAAUGAUAACAGUGUUAGAAUAAAACUGGAUCAAUCUUAGUUUAACAACUGCCCCUAUCACGAUAUCACCGUUUUUAGUACUUCCGUAACUUGUUUUAUCGAAGUGCUGUUCUAUCGACAUCAAUUCACUUUCAUGCAUUCGCGAGAAUAGAUCCUUCGAGAGCAGUUUCUUCGAUGUUGAGGACUGGGACAGAAAUAAGUUGUCACGAUUAAACCAUCGCAAACUAACAAUAUUAGCGUAUUUUUUAAGCCGCAGUUCGCAUAUCAUCGCAAUUAGGCAUCUAAAUAUGAAAUUAUCAUUAAAAAAAAAUAAAAUACGUAUUUUCGAGAUAUAAAUUCGACGCGUCAAAAAGUCAACCAUGUGUAGAAAAAAUUUGGUAUUUUGGUAUUGCACGCUUUUUCUCCUCGUCGCAAUGUCAUCGAAAACUCAACAAAAUUUUACUGGCAAUGAAGAGAAAAAUGAUCAUUUGACAAUACAAUAUGAGAUAGACGGAGAUUCUACAACAAACUACGGCGACGAAAUAAAAAUACGGCUAUUUGAUUUGUACGAAAAAACUACCAAUAAUACGCAAUACGAAGAUGUGCAGUAUAAAUCUCGCACCGUAUCCACGAGCAACGAUCGCGAAAAUGAUGACUGGAAACAGUUUAUUUUUAUACAAGAAUUUUAUGAAAACUUAAUGAGAAUUGAAGAUAAAAACAAUUCUAUGAUCAACAUGUCGCACAAAUUUGGAAAUUUCAGUAAAGAUAACAAUACAAGUUGCAUCAUUCCAGACGAAACGUCCUAUAAUAUUAUUUGCAUUCAACUUUGUUGUCCUCUUGGAUAUCGCCUGAAUGAGGAUGAAUGCAUCUUGGAAAAAAAUAAAUACAUCUUCCCGAACGUGUACGAAUACAUGAAUGAUUCAUUACAGACCAUAAAUAAGACAGUGGACGAAUUGUUUCAGCUGGCCGUCUAUGAUCCGUGUCAGGAUCAACAUUUUAUGCUUUACGAUGAUGAGUACAUGUUCUUUGCCAAUGGUUCUCUCUAUUUAUCUACUAUUAAAAUAUUUGCCAAUUCGACAUCAUAUUGCCUCGCAAUGCACGAAGAUAAGUACGAAGUGACCAUCUGCUUAGAGAGCUUAAAGAGCUGCAUCUUGGAGAGCUUCUAUAUAGAAUACGACAUCUAUAAUUAUGUCGAAAACCACGAAACCUUACGUGUGAACUAUUAUAUAGUGUCUAUACUACUUUUAAUGUCAAUAUUUGUGGUGUACUCCAUAUUACCAGAGCUUCGGAACGAACACGGCUUCAUGUUGCGCAAUUACAGCGGAGCAUUGUCUGUCGCAUACAUAACUGAUUUUAUACCUAUUCUAAUCGAAGCGUAUCAUAUACACCCUUCGGCCUGUUUUAUAGUCGCCUUCCUCAAAUAUUUUUUUUUUUUUACAACUUUUUUCUGGCUAAAUAUAAUGAGUUUCGACAUGUGGUGGACAUUUAAAGGAUUCAGUUCGUUACAAAGAAACGUUAAACAACGAAAACGAAAGAAAUUGGUGUUUUAUUCGAUCUUUGCGUGGAGUUUAUCCUUUAUCUUAGCUAUUAUCAGUUUCAUGAUGGAUAUUACUUCGAAUAUGAAUUUGUACUUUGUCAUAGAAGAUUGCGAGUUCACUGAGAUGGUCGUGUUUACGCCGUAUUAUUAUGGGUUUCAAAGUAUUUGCAUCAUUAGUAGCAUUUGCUUAUCCAUCUCUACGGCAUUGAAAAUCUCGCGCUAUGAAAAUGAAACAGGCAAUCGUUUGGCAAAUUCGGAAAGCCGGAAAUAUAAUGACAAUAAGAAAUGGUCCAAUCUGUAUCUGAAGCUAUUUAUCCUGCUGUUUAUCUUAAUGGGAAUAAAAUGGUCUAUGAUGACAAUAAUGUGGUUAUAUAAAUAUUUAUCGUUAUCUGAACAAUUAUUGAUAUUUAAAUAUGCGAAUUAUUUCAUAAAUGUUAUUGUUUUGACGGAUAUUAUGCAGAAUGUGUGCACUUUCAUUGUAUUUGUGUUGAAAAAAAAGAUCAUGCGGAUGUUAUUGAAGCGAUUCGGCUGCGGUUUUCGAUGCGCAAUAAACGCAACAUCGCCGAGUACUGAAUCGACGUACACCAUUACGUUAGAAGAGAUGCCUAUGCAGAAAAAGAUGAGUUCUUGCGAACAAAGGAUAUGUUAUGAGAAAGAUUCGUCCUGUGAGACUAAACUCUAA